GCCGAUCGCCUCAGUUUGGCUCCGCCGUCGCGCUAUUACGACGUUUGCGCGCUCUCGCGACUCCUCCACUUGAAGCGGCUUUCGUGCGGCUACAAUAUUGAGGCCGGGAAUCGCAGCCCGGUACGGUUACUAGUGCUCCGUCAUGCUGCUGCCGCUAGUGCUGCUGGCGCUGGCGGCGCCGCUGGCCCCUGCUGCGGCACGCCGCCACGCGCCUAGCUUGCGCGAGGACGAACCCGCAAGACGAACUAUCCGCCCCGCCGAAUGUCAGUUCGGCAAGCAACCGAAGGAAUUGGGCAGUAUGUGGUACGCAGACCUGGGACCACCAUUCGGCGUUAUGUACUGCAUCCUUUGUGAAUGUGUACCGGUGCAAAAGAAAAGGCGUUUGGUGGCGAAGGUCCAUUGCCGGAACAUCAAGAAGGAAUGCCCAGUGCCCUCCUGUGAUGAACCCGUACUGCUUCCAGGGAGGUGCUGCAAGGUGUGCCCAGGCGAUCUGGCUAACACGCCUGACAUAGUUCAGCAGGACAGUCCAGUGAUGGUUCUCACAGAUAGCGAAGAAAACCUAAGUAUGAAACAUUUUGGUGCUCUCCUCACUGGGCGAUCCCCGCUAUGCAUCAGACGUGACGACAUGACGGGCGUGCCUGUGGCUCCAGGAGUGGCCACUGCUCGGUUCAUCUUCCGCCGCCGCCAUCUUUAUUGGUCCGUUUUGCUAGGAACGUCAAUCACAGCACAGCCCCGUGCGCUCUCCUUCUUAGACAGAGAAGGAAGAAUGCUCAUUGAGCAUCCUUUAGCAAGGGCUCCAGGGAUACAUGCGACGUAUGAGGAAAAAACUGAUAAGCUGUGUGGAGUAUGGCGCCGCGUCCCUCGAGAGUACAAGCGGUUAUUAAGGGAAGGGUCGCUUUUUGUUGCACUUAUAUGGGGAGAUGCGCAAAAUAGCACCAUGGACAGCGCAUUGAGUGGACGAAUCGAUAGAUAUCCAGCUCUAGCAUCAGAAAUGUUCACAUCGCUUCUUGAACCAGAAAACCCACCAGAACUAUCUGGAAACAGUGCUUGUAAUGAUCACCACCGCCCUGGACAACAGGAAGGUUGGGGAGGAACUGCCGUGGUCACAGGGGUAGCUGGUGCCACCCCAAGUUUACAUAUAGCUGUGGCAUAUAAUGGGAUAUUUUCUCCAGCUCAGGGCAAGGAACAGCUGGUUAGGAUAAUGCUGUCGCAACCGGAUAAAAAUGAGACCAUAAUCGAUGAGGUGCAAAAACUGAACAAAGCUAACUACGAACUGAAUGUUCUCGAAGUUUCGACUCCCGUAUCUGCUGCUGAAUUGAGGUCUUUGUCCAGAGGUCGUCUUCAGUUAUCUGUUGAAGAGAUGAACACUCCUGAACGUCGUAUAUCUGGGAAGAUAAGACAAAGGGCUGCAUGCGAGGUGUACCAUGCUCCUCUUGUGACGGAGAGGUUGCCAGCUUUUAUUGUGCCUGAAGGACUCGCCAUGCUGUACAUCGAUAAGGAAGGCUCGCUUGUUUACGAUAUACAGGCUUACAAUUUGAACGUGGAUUCGAAAAUAACAUUAGUUGAAGAAGUGGGUAAACGUCAUUCGCAAGUGGAGAUUUUGGACACAAGAACUGGAGUGUUGGCGAGACCAAGUGCAAGGAUUUUCCCACCGUUGUAUGAUGACCAACUGGCAGUACAUAUUAAUGGAGAUCUUGGCCCCCCAUUACUGCGAGGCAGGCUGGUGUCCCGGCCACUGCCUGACGCGGCCAGUGCCGGGCCAGCUCUGCUGCGGCGCACCGAAGAGGGGCCGGCCUUGGAGUACCCCCCUGCGGGCUUGGCCUGGAUAUCUGUUGAUGCUUUAUGUGGAUUACACUAUGAGGUGGUGAUAACGGGUAAUGCUGGUACUUGGACGGCAUGGCUGGACACCAAUGCAGUGGAAGGUGGGAUCAUUCGACCCCUGAUUGGAGCCGACGGCUGCGUAUUAGAACCUUCUACGGCGGAGCUAGGCUCUCUUUACAUAGGGACCGCCUUCCUCGGCAUCAGAGGCACCGAUAACCAUACCGUGAUUUUGAACACACUGUUGCCUAAGAUAAACGUCCCAGUAUCCUGCCUGGAUAACUCGUACCUGAGCACAAAAUACGGGAACACCGUGAACCAGACGGACAAACGGCUGAGUGACACGAACUUCUUUUUUAAGGAGACGAGCUCUUGCUUCUACAAAGGACAGCUGUACACGGAGAAGUCUUACUGGAUUGUACCUGAGACCUGCCAAAUCUGCAGCUGCGUAUACGGCGAGUUGCGAUGCGAUGCGGUGCGUUGUCCACAAGUCCACUGCACCGUGCCGACUAUCACUCCACCUGGACAAUGCUGUCCUAUAUGCACUAAUUCAACAACAGCGGUUUGGAACGAGUCCAACGGUUGCCGCUUGGCCGGGCGAUACCAUGCACCUGGAUCCUCUUGGCACCCGUACUUUCCUCCCGAGGGUUACGACACAUGCGCAGUGUGCACUUGCGUGUUCUCCCCGAGACACGUUCGGUGCCCACGAACCAAAUGUCCGAUUUUGAGGUGUGCUGACAAGGACGCGUAUCGACCUGAUAAGAAAUCCUGCUGUCGCGUUUGCCCGGAGGUGAAAGCCAAGAAACCAGAUGAGCUCACGCCCAAAGACCAGGGUGCGCCGCGCACCGCGGAGGAGAUUCUCGCUGAGGGAGGCUGCAAGUUCCCCGAUGGACCCCUCACGAACGGCAUGGAGGUCCACCCCUCGAUACAUUCGCAUGGCGAGCAGAGAUGUGUCACUUGCAGAUGCAAAGAUGGCGAAGUGACGUGCGUACGGAAGCGGUGCAGCCGCGUGGCGUGCGCGCGACGGAAGCGAGGCGACGGGUGCUGCGCGUGCAUGCGGCACCGGCGUCAGCGGCCGCCGCGCGGACUCGUCGCGGCACCCCCCUCCCGCACCCUGCCCGCACCCCCGCCGCCCAGCUGAACCGCACCGCGACACCGGGCCACAGAUCCCCUGCGGCCGACCCCCGUCUAUACCCCAGACUGCAGUAGGCUAAGUGAGUGAAGCUCUAUAGACUGAUAUAUUUUUAUGUACUCGUGCGAUUCGAAUGUGUAUAGAUUAAGGCUGCGUCCUUGCGCAAUUUAUCGCCCGAUUUCUGAUUGCGAAGCACCUGCUGCUCUGAACGAACAUUAAUUCGGCCUUAAAGGCCGAUCGGUGAGACUGUCGAGUGUAUCGGGCGAUUGUGUCGCAUUGAAACAUCACUAUGAGUUUACGACAGGCGGUGAGCGACCGCGCUUGUUUGGAGUCGAGACGACGGAGGUAGCUUUACUGUAACGCUGAUUGUUGAAUAUACUUACCCACCGGUAUUUUAAUUGGUAUUAUGAGAUGUCCCGAAAUUUUUAUAGGCGCAUAUCACCCAAUACAAAAUGUAGUAUUUAGUCGUACGACUCGGUUGCUCGGAAUGUAAGGGCAGGUUAGAGCGCUGUCGAAAAAGAUGUGCCAUAUUUUCGUAAUGUAAAUAUAAAUUAUUAAUUUAAUAUUACUUAUAUGCAUAUUUAUUUACGUUUGUAAUGUUGAUACGGGAUCAUGUUCAAGUACUCGCGUUUGAACCAUCACAAACUCUUGUUUUUUGAUGGCCUUGUUUGUGCAUUUGCUUUUAGUGUAUUAUUUUAAUUAAUACCAGAUGAAUUUACAAGUAAUUGUAUGAACUGGUAAUGCCAAUAUUUAGUGAAUCCUGUGUCAAAAUAGUAGUAGAUGUAUUAUCUUUAAGGACUGUUAUCCAUAAGACCGAUGCGACGUCGUUUUGAAAUUGGUUAUAGAGUUUUAAAUAUUAAUAAAUUAUGCAAUAUGAUUAACAUUUAUUUAAGAAUUGCAGAAAGUUGAAUUGAUUUUAUGUUCGGGCCAAAAUUUAUGCCACGAGUCGUGGUAACUCGAGGUGACUUGAACUCGAAAUCGAGGUCUUGGCGCGAGGCAUUGUAUCUAACUACAAUGAUGAAUCAUCAUUGGAGAUACACAAAAUAACCACAAAAUAAAUUUCAUUAUACCAACUGUUUUAUUUAUUUAAGAUAGAAAGAUAUUUGAUUUUGUGGUGAACAAAUCCGAUGAUAAUAUAAUUGUCAUCCAAUUACCUUGUAAAUACGACAUAAUAUUUGUUUUAGACGUCAUAUUUUUAACAUUGUAUACUAUUUUAUACCGAUAAUGGAAUAUACCGAUUUCGAUCAUUAAUUAAGUUUAAUUAUGCGAAUUUCAUGACUAGUUUUGUUUAAUUACUAGGUUAUAUUCAGUUUGUAAUUAAGGAAGCUAGUCCAAAUGUUUUGAUGUGAUGGAAACGAAUGCCAUGUAUGUAGGUGGAUAGUGUUAACGUCAAAAAGUCUUGAGCACUUAUUAGAAAAUUUAAGUUCGAUGCGGGUUGCUAUCUCCACUGAGAAUAUUGUAUUUUUACGCAAAAAUAAAAGAAAUCUGUGUAAGACCAUUGAACUGUGUGAACAAACCUCUUGAUAAUUAUAACGACAGCAUGAUCAAAUGUAAUUUUAAUAAUAAUUAAUUGUCUAAUAUUUGCUUUGUCUGUUUUAAAUACUGUUACAAUUUCAUAUAGAAAUAAUUGUGAGUGAAAUGUGUUAAUAUUUACUCAGUGGAUGUAGAGCCUUGAAAUUUUGCUUGACAGCAAAAUAACAUAAAUUCGGAAUAUUGGAGCGGUAUUACCAAAAAUGUGUAAAGUUUGUAUAAAUUUGCCUUUGUUGUGGGUUCUAGUCCAUCAAAAUUGUGAGGAGUAUGUAUAGUUUUAUUGGCUAUAUUAUUUUACGUAUUCGACAUAUUGAGAAUUCGAUUUUAAACAAGUUAUCUUUGUUUUAAUAUUUUUUUAUUAUCUAACAAUAGAAAAGUAGUCACCUAUGGCUUGCUAAUAACAUGACUAAUAGCCAUAAAGGAUACUCUGAAUUCGCUUGUAUUGCAUUGUUUUCUAUUUUAUAAUUAUUAGAAUUAUUCCCGUUAGCCUUCAAAGGGAUAUUUAACUCUUUAAAUCGAAAGUUUACACAUACCCUUUUCGAUAUAAACUUUGACUUGUAUAAUUUGGGUCGAUUCAGUCAAUAGAAUGUAAAACGUCGCACAGUUUUAAUACGAAAUAAAUUACCC